AUGAAACCAUUGGAAGCAGAAAUUCGUCAUUUAUUUAAUCAUCAUAUCAGCAUAUUGUGUAAUCAAAAAUGGAAGAUAAUCGAUGAGAUUACAAAAUGGAGCACAACACUUAUUUCUCAAAUUCAAGAACAUGUUACUCAACAAAGAAAAUUUCUCGAUCAAGUAUAUGAAAAGAAGGUAUUUUGUCUUAAUACUAUACGUGAUCGUAUCCUUAAACAAGCUCUAAUAUAUGAGCAAAAAGAAGACAAUGAACAAGUCAAUCAAUGGUUAAAUCAAUGUAAUACUUUAAAACUUGAAUUAGCUACACUAAAUUAUAUUAAUCGUCCAAUUUCAACGAUACAAUUAGUAGCAGAAGAACAAUCAAUACAACCAAAUACAGAUGAACAAAAUGAACAAAAGACUGAAGUUGAACAAUCUUCAAUGGAACUAAUCGAUAAUAACGAGAAAAAUAUUAUCAAUAAUACUGAUACAAAUGAAUACGAGCCACCACAAGUGACAUCUACGAAUACAGCAUCAAUAAAUACACCAUCAUUAUUGACAAAAUCUAUGAAUAAUGAGGAUCAGUCGAUCAUAAACAAUUCUAAAUUGAAAAACAAUGUUUCCAAUGAUAAUGAGUUACUCGGAAAAUGUCCUGUAUGUUUUAUGAUAUUUCCACAGAUUCGACAAUGUCAAUCAGAGACAGAAAUUCGCAAUUUAUUCGAACGUCAUAUGAAAGUAUUGUAUGAUCAAAAACAAAAGAUGAUUAAUGAAAUUACCGAAUGGGAAAAUAAUCUUAUACGUCAAAUCCAAGAAAAUGUUGCUAAUCAAAAAACUCUUCUUGAACAAGAAUGUAAAUAUCAACUAAACUAUCUUCAAGCUAAAUGUCAAGAAUUUCUUGAUACGGCAUUGAUCUAUGAAGAGAACAAGAAUAGAGAAGAAGUUCGUCAAUUGAUUGAACAAUGUCACGCUGUAAAAUUUGAAAUAGGUGUAUUUGAAUAUCCAGAAAGACUUAUUCCAUUUAUUAAAAUGCAAAAAGAACAACAACGCGUAGAACUUAAACAAGAUGUAUUCAACACACAUCAAUUAAACAGUAAAUCGACAAAUAAUGAUAAUUUUAGAAUAGAUAAUAAUAAAAAUUUAUAUGCAUCUACAUCUUCUAUGUCAACAUUUGCAAGUUCUAAUCAGAUAAAUCAACAGUUAUUGACAACUUUAUCUUCUGUUGAUAAUAAUCAUUUGAUAACUGACAAUAAUAAUCGAAAUUCUAACAUGAUAAAUCAUCAUGAUAUCCUCAAUAAAUGUCCUGUUUGUUUUAUAAUUUUUCCAUCAACUAUAGGAACUUCUGAACGAUCGAAACAUGUCAAUCAACAUUUUGGAGACAGUUGA